UAAUUUUUCAGUUUGAGCGCAGCACUAGCCGGUGACGGGCGAAGCGAUAGUAACACGUAGUAACCAAAAUCCCAGCCAGCCAUCCGAGAGUCCUGGCGUGGGCGGACACAACCGUUACAAAACCGUUUUUGCAAGUGCAAUUUUGAAGCUGUUUGAGGCCCAGAAAUAUGGAUAGAAUGAGAGAGAGAACAACUGAAGGAAGUGAAAAUGAAAAAUAAUGAACUUUUCUGAUUGCUGUGCAAAAAAAAACCAGAGACACCACACAGUCGGAUACGGACGGGACACGCACACGUUGUCCCUUUUUUUUUUUUGAUUCCUGGUCGUCUGGCUUCCGUUAUACGAAAAUCAAUAAUUCCGUGCUGUAUAACUUACGGCGAAAGGUGCGCGCUCGCAUCGGAUUCGCGUGGCGUUCGGCUCUUCCCGUUACUGCAGUCGGGUCGCCAUCCCAGUCGCAGUCUCCUCCGGUGGGGGUGGGUGGCGGGUGUUACAACAAAAAUCGUACAACCCAGAGUCCGCGUGGUGGAGGCGGAACGUGAUUGAAAUAUUUGCACAAAAAGGAAACGGCGCUUACACUUUACACGCGCCAAGCGCCCCACACACAGCGUAGGCGGCAAACGAGAGAAAAAGAAACAGCAAGAACAAGAGAGAGAGUGGGGAUAAUUGGAGCUCGUACUUUGGCAGAGAGAGUGUAGCAGUAGCUUCGUAGAAAGAGAGCUGGAGCUCGUGCUUGACAGAAGAGAGAGAUUGAGCGAGCGGCUCUCUGUCGUUCGCGUGAAUCAGGAAGCAGCAGACCAAAUACAUUCUGCUCAUGUGUUGGGGGCACAGUGACCAGUUGGAGCAGCAGGGUGGGACGGACGGGGCAUAGAAACAGCGUGUAAAGCGUAACGGGGCAAAAAAGUAGUAGUAUGUAGUAAUAGUAGAAGAGAAGCAGAGAAGAAAACAACAAAACACCGUUGACGUCGACGUCGACAGUGACUGUGACUGCGACUGCAACGUAGUCGUAGUAAGUUUUUCCGCCGUAUUUCUGGGGGUGUGUAUGUGUGUGUGCGUGAGCGUGUCGGUGUGCGUGUGUGGAAUGUAUAAUAUAUACCAUAUAAAGCACAUAGCGAGGAAUCAUGAUAAAGUUUGUCAGGCAGAAAAAUCGCGAGAAUCCAUUAAAGGCAUCGAAAAAUUUUCUUCGUAAAAAGCGUGAAUCGAAUGACUCUGGCACCGAAUCGGAUGGUGAACUCCUCGAUGUGGAAAAACAACGUCACUUAGACGUGGAUAUGGAAACUACUGUCGCUGGCCAAAAACCAAUUUCUCCUGCAAUGAUGUGUCACCACCAGACAUCGUCAUCCUGCGCCCAUCUCAUGUACGAUCAGCACAGCUCCGAGGAGGAAUUGGAGGUGAUCAAUGGGCCAUCGACGGUGGCAGGCCAUAGCACCACGACCGUGACGGGCGCUACGUGUGCCUCGCGACUCUCCAAUCGUGGGUGCACCUCCUCCCUCGACACGGAGGCGCCCUACGAGGAACGGGCCACCACAUCCAAUUCGAAGCGUUCCAGCUCAACGCUGAUGGUGGAGAACCGCAAACGGUCCCUGGCCCAUAGCUCCGACGAUGAGUUACGCAAUUCGCUGGAGCCGAUAUUGACGCCCGUGAAUUUUCGCACAUCGCCGCCAUUGGAGGCAUUCAAGCCAAAUCGUAGCCAUAUGAUGUUCCGCUCCACAACGCCACUGAUAUUAUCGGAGGCCAGAUGUGGCAUCGAAAAUAUUAAAUUAUGUGAUAAUAGUGUAAACGAGGAGAAUGGCGACAACGGCGGCGGCGGCGCCAGCGGCGGUGGCAAUGGCAACCAUAGUAAAUGCCCAAAGCUGGGCGGAGCUGUGGGUGGUGGCAACGAGAACGAGCCCAGUGUGAUCAAGGCGUGCAGCAGCUCCCUGAAGAUGAGCAACAGCAGCCACCACAUCUAUCAGCCGCAGCCCAAGUAUAGUUUCCACUACAACAGCUCGCGGAGUAGUCCGGCCAGCACCACCGGCCUGGAUAUGGAGGUGCGUUCGGUUAGCCCGCCCGCGAAACUGUUCCAUUGCGCCAUCUCGCCCAGGCGUCGUCCUAGUAAUAAUUCGGGUGGUGGUUCGGCUGCAGCAGCAGGCACAACAGCCCCAACCACGUCAUCAUCGACAGGAGCAGCAGGAGGCACAUCAUCAUCAUCCACAGCAGCUACAACAACACACAAUGCUGCCAAUGCCGCAAGCGCUGCCGCUGCCACCCAGAGACUGCAGCGACCGCAUCGGCCGUGUUUAGAUUUUGAUAAGAUGCAGCAGGUGAGCCUCUAAUGCAGAGCGCGCUAACAGCGAAGCAAAGGAUCGAAUGGGAUGGGGAAAGGAAAAGGCAAAUCAAAGACUUUUUAUACGAAACAACAACCACAGCUACAGCUACAUCUACAACAAGAACACAAACUGCAAAUAGAGACAGCAACUGUACCUACCGGUUAAGCGCGGCCCAGCUGAUGCUUGGCAGCACUGGCCGCACAAUUAGGAGCGUCCUCUACACGAUCGUACAUCGCGUCUUCAGGCAACAAAAAAAAAAAACAGAAAAGAAAACAGCAACAGAAAGAGAAACCAGCAACACA